AUGCCAUCAAAGGUUCUCAGUGGUCAAGGAUCUCAAGGAUCCGGCCACGCACGGAUAGAAUUUAUCCACGCGCUGACUACCCCUAUUGUGACAACAAAGGAUGCUUUCGACGUUAUGUUUCAAUGUAAACUAUGUGAAAAAUCUUAUCAGAGGAAAACUCAUUUAAUUCGCCAUGAAGCGACCCGUAAGGCUGACCACCUCCCAGAUACACGGCAGCUUUCUUCCAGCUGCCCUUUGUGCAACAAAUCAUUUCUAAAGCCGUGUGUAAAGUACCUUGCCAUAAAUAAUGACAAUUACUUAUGUUUCGAAAGUGAGGUGACACGAAGACAUAUCAAAACCUGUGCAAAAAAGCUCAACCAACCUGCGCCUCCUGCAGCCAAGCCAGGUAGGAAAAGGCAUUCCUGUGAGUUGUGCUUCUUUGCCAGGGCAUCUUGUGAUAGGAGUCAACCAUGCUCUCGCUGUCGGUCGCUUGGGCGACAAUGUACUUUUGUGGCCCAGGAGAUUCCUUCUCGGGAUCCCAGUUGUUCCACAGUAGCCGCACUCCCGGCUUCUAUAACCGCAUCCCGAGUCACAUCUAGAGACAGUGGAUCAUUCUCUUUCCUCCAACAUUUCGCCAAUCCGUCUUUCCAAAGGGACAGGCUAGCAAUCGGGGAGACUGCAAAGAGUUCUGUUCGGAGAAACCUUGAAACACUCAAUUCCCAUAUCGAAGAUGCCCUCGUUCCUACUGAUCCCACGUCAGCUUUUGAUAAUGACUUCCAACUUACAAGUUUCCCUUUCCAAACACCAUCUACUCUCCCCCCUUUUACGGAUGACUAUCUACUUCAAUUCACCCCUGAUACACUCUUCCCUUCAAAGCUUUCCAACCAACUAUCCGAGAUUAUGACAGAAUUGGUCGAAACUUCAAAGUCAAUGGGUCUUGGAAGCACAGAAAUGCUAAGCCCGCUUGAUUUCAUGGAAUUGUCUACUUUUUUGGGGGUUUCUAACAUCUCUGCUUCUAUCUCUGCGUUCUUCCACUCUCUUCACUGGCAUUUACCCGUGGUGCAUUUCCCAACCUUCGACCCGGGAAACAUCUCAAAUCCUCUUUUACUGUCCAUCUUUUUAUCCGGUGCCACAUAUACUAUUCCAUUGGAUGGAGGAGCUCUGCCAUCUGGUCUCUUCGAUGUCGCGGAAGAAUAUAUCUUUCGGAAAAUUGCGGAUCUGUCUACACUCGCUUCACCGAAAGACCAGUCGCAUCGAUUGUCAACCGUACAGUUGCUACAGAGCGCUCUCAUUAUUGAGAUGCUUCAAUUUGGACAAGACAAUAUGCAAACAAGACGUCGCAUUCGUAUCGUCCGACAUCCAUGCUUAGUAUCCACCAUACGAUCCUUAGGGAUUUUUCAGCUCAAGCGAGGAACAGCUCCUACUGUUUGUGAUGAGAGAACUUGGAUAAAUUUGGUGGCAGAUGAAGUGUGCAUACGAAUUGCUUGUUGGGCUUUUCUAGCGGAUGGAUUCCUCACAGUCUGCUUCAAAAACCACCCAUCCAUAUCGGUCUUUGAAUUGGACUGUCAUUUCCCCUGGAGUGCCGGGUUAUGGGAAGCCGAAAGCGCAUCUUCUUUCAGCAGAAUUGCCAUGUCGCACUCGACCGAGCUCCCUCUUCCACCCCUGAAAGAUGUGAUCACAGAAUUACUUGAAACUCCUCUAAGUAAAGACCCAAUACCAUGGAGUCUUUCAGUAUCAGUGGAGCAUCUCCUGAUUCUGAUUUAUGCUAUUAACUCCCUCGCAUUCCAGGCGAGAGCAGGCUUGUUAAAAUACCUAUCACUCGAUAGAAUACGCUGUGCGUCUGGUAAUUGGAGACGCAUCUGGGAUUCUGUUAUCGGCCUCCUGGACAAGGAUCAAUUACUUCACCUUGGGUAUCCGAAACACGCCCAGGAGCUUUGGUGGUUGUUGAAUGCCACGCUGGAUGCUACCGGCAGAUCCGAUGUCAGCCUGCGGUAUAUGGAUAACAAUGCUACCGAUGACUUGGGAAAUUUGAAUGAAUUCAUUCAAUGGUGUCACCAAAGUCUACCAUAG